CUCCAUUUUCAGCAAAAACCCUCACAUCUUCUCUUCAGUUCCAAUUUCCAGUUUCCAAAAAGACCCAAAUUCUCGCAGUGAAAACCAAAAGAAUGGGUAGCAGCCAAGCAGCAGUAUCAUUCCUCACGAACGUUGCACGCGCCGCCUUCGGUCUAGGCAUCAGCGCCACGGUUCUCAACUCCUCCCUCUACACCGUCGACGGUGGUCAACGCGCCGUCCUCUUCGACAGAUUCCGUGGAGUCAUCGACGAUACCGUCGGCGAAGGAACUCAUUUCCUCGUCCCAUGGCUUCAAAAACCUUUCAUCUUCGAUAUCCGUACUAGGCCCCACACAUUUUCCUCCGUUUCAGGGACAAAGGAUCUCCAGAUGGUCCACCUCACACUCCGGGUCCUCUCACGCCCCGAAGUUGCACGCCUUCCCGCCAUUUUCAAAACCCUAGGUCUCGAGUACGACGAAAAAGUCCUCCCUUCGAUCGGCAAUGAGGUUCUAAAAGCCGUCGUAGCUCAAUUCAACGCGGAUCAGUUACUGACGGAGCGUCCACAAGUAUCAGCUUUAGUUCGCGAGAGCUUGAUCCGACGUGCUAAGGAUUUCAAUAUCGUGCUCGAUGACGUGGCAAUUACACACUUGUCAUACGGUGCGGAGUUCUCUAAAGCUGUGGAGCAGAAGCAGGUGGCUCAGCAGGAAGCGGAGCGGUCCAAGUUUGUUGUGAUGAAGGCUGAGCAAGAGAGGAGGGCAGCGAUUAUUAGGGCUGAAGGUGAGAGCGAGUCGGCUAAGUUGAUUUCUGAUGCUACUGCAGCUGCUGGUAUGGGAUUAAUUGAGCUCAGGAGAAUCGAGGCGUCUAGGGAGGUUGCUGCUACCAUGGCUAAGACUCCGAACGUGGCUUACUUACCUAAGCAAGGCAACAUGCUUCUCGGUCUCAAUGCCUCACGUUGAGUAGUUACAGUUAAAACGUGCUGAAUCAGGAGGAACAAACAAGGACAUUUCCCUUUCAGAAAGCUGCAAAAUUGUGCCUUUUGUUAUAUCAAUUGUAUGGUAAUGUUGGGAUAUUUACUUUUGAAUUCAAAUUCUGAGGUUGUUAUCCUUUUCCAGUUUCAUCUAUUUUGCAAAGGCUUAAAAUUUCAGAUGUC